AUGAGCAUGAAAAAGCGAGUAAAGGGGCACUUUAACUACGGGAAGCCCUUCUUCUACAUCGAGGAUGAUGACUCCAAAUCACAGCCCUGCGAUGUGGACGAUGAUUCGCACUCGUCAAAACAGGUCGUGGUGGGCAUCUGCUCAAUGGCAAAAAAGUCCGAGUCGAAGCCGAUGAAGGAGAUACUGGCGCGAUUAAAUGAGUUUGAGUUCAUUCGCACAAUAGUCUUUCCAGAAAACGUCAUCCUCAACAGUCCGGUGGAUGAGUGGCCCGAGGUGGACUGUCUGGUUUCCUUUCACUCAAAAGGAUUCCCACUGAGCAAGGCCAUUGAGUAUGCCGCCCUUCGUGAGCCCUACGUCAUCAACGACCUCCACAUGCAGUACGACAUUCAGGACCGACGAAAGGUCUACAAGAUGCUGGAGGAGGCCGGUGUGGAGCUGCCCAGGUACGUCGUCCUUGACCGUGACUCGAUAAACAUCGAGGAGCGAGAACUGAUUGAGAGCGAGGAUCACAUUGAAGUGAACGGGGUGGUCUUCAACAAGCCCUUUGUGGAGAAGCCCCGAUUGUUUCGCAAAAUCGGCUCCCGCAGCAGCGUCUACUCCUCGGAGACGCAGGUUCGCAAGACGGGCUCGUACAUCUACGAGGAGUUUAUGCCCACCGACGGCACCGACGUGAAGGUGUACACCGUCGGGCCGGACUACGCCCACGCCGAGGCGCGCAAGUCGCCGGCGCUGGACGGGAAGGUGGAGCGCGACAAGGAGGGCAAGGAGGUGCGCUAUCCCGUCAUGCUAAGCAAUGCCGAAAAGUUAAUCGCCAGAAAUGUGUGCCUAGCGUUCAAGCAGACCGUCUGCGGCUUUGACCUGCUUCGCGCCAAUGGCAAGUCCUUUGUCUGUGACGUCAACGGCUUCAGCUUUGUGAAGAACUCCAUGAAGUACUACGACGAUGCGGCUCGCAUUCUUGGCAACAUGAUACUGCGCAAUCUGGCACCGCAGUUGCACAUUCCCUGGCUCAUUCCUUUUCAACUAGACGAUCCGCCCAUCAUGCCGACCACAUUUGGGAAGAUGAUGGAGCUUCGCUGCGUUACCGCCAUCAUCCGUCACGGCGACCGCACGCCCAAGCAGAAGAUGAAGAUGGAAGUGAAGCAUCCCAAGUUCUUUGAAAUUUUCGAAAAGUUGGGCGGAUUCAAGGACAAUCAGCUGCACGUGAAGUUGAAGAAGCCUAAGCAGUUGCAGGAGAUACUGGACAUUGCCCGGUACCUGCUCACUGAAAUUGACCAAAAUCACGAUCCGGAGAUUGAGGAGAAUCGCGCCAAGUUGGAGCAACUCAAGUCAGUCCUCGAGAUGUACGGCCACUUUUCAGGUAUCAAUCGAAAAGUUCAGCUAAAGUAUCAGCCCAAAGGUCGUCCUCGUCGCUCCAGCAGUGAAGAAGAGAACCCUCGUGAGCCAUCCUUACUUUGCAUUGUAAAGUGGGGUGGUGAGCUGACGCCACGUGGGCGCAUUCAGGCGGAGGAAAUGGGAAGAGCUUUCCGGCAGAUGUACCCCGGCGGUCAUGGCGACUAUGCAGGGAACCAGGGCCUUGGACUGCUACGACUACACAGCACCUUUCGCCAUGACCUCAAAAUAUACGCUUCAGAUGAAGGGAGAGUGCAAAUGACGGCGGCGGCGUUUGCAAAGGGUCUUUUAGCGCUGGAGGGUGAACUGACGCCCAUUUUAGUGCAAAUGGUUAAGAGUGCCAACACCAACGGUUUGCUUGACAAUGAUUGCGACUCGAGCAAAUUUCAAAACACUGUCAAGCACAAAAUUCACGAGCUAAUGCAGUUGAAUAGGGAGUUUCAGGAGGCGGACAUAAUCAAGUUGAAUCCAAUGAAGGCUCCGUCUAUUCAAAAUGCAAUCAACUUUGUAAAGAACCCAGUUGAAGCUUGUGAUUUAGUUCAUAGUUACAUUCAGAAGUUGAACGGACUUAUAAAAACACGCCGCAGUGAUAUUCACCUGCACGACUCGCACCUCUACUACGGCGAGACGUGGGACUUGAUGCAACGUCGGUGGGCGAAGCUGGAGAAGGACUUCAAGUUGAAGAAUGGAAAGUACGACAUCAGCAAAAUACCCGACAUUUACGACUGCAUCAAGUACGACUUGCAGCACAACCAGCACAUUCUACAGUUUGCCGAGUCGCAGGAGUUUUACACGUACGCCAAGUCACUGGCCGACAUUGUCAUUCCGCAGGAGUACGGCUCUGAUGAGCACGAAAAGCUUACCAUUGGUUUGGGCAUUUGCACGCCACUGCUGAAGAAGAUCAAAGUGGACCUGCUUAGCAAUAUGAACGAGUCGGAUGAGAGCAAUGAGACGGAAAGUGUGAAUCGUCUCAAUCCGCAAUAUUCACACGGCGUCUCCUCUCCCGGUCGGCAUGUUCGGACGCGCCUCUACUUUACCAGUGAAAGUCACAUUCACUCGCUGCUCAAUGUGAUUCGUUUAGGGGGACUUUUUGACGGUGCGAAAGACGAGCAGUGGAAGCGCGCCAUGGACUAUAUCAGUGCGAUCAGCGAACUAAACUACCUGACACAAAUCGUCAUUAUGCUGUACGAAGACCAGACAAAGGACCCUACCUCUGAUGACCGCUUCCACGUUGAGUUGCACUUUAGUCCCGGUGUUGCCUGCUGCCUGCAGAAGAACCUAGGCCCAAUUGGUCCUGGCUUUCGGACUCAAACAGCGAGGACAGUCCACGCAAAGAAACACUUUGGGGCUUCUAAGAGCGUGGACAAGGUCCUCUUGAGUUCGUCCCUGCCUAAACCUAGCUCAAUUAAAGAGGAGGAGGUGGGCGAUUUUUCCGACAUGUCCGUCGAAGACGACGCUGAAUCGAAUAGCCCUAGCGACGUUUUUUUAGCACAGCAGCAACAGCAGCAGCAGACGCAACAGUCACUGCCUUCUCAGCCUUCUCAGCAACCCUCUCCCAAAGUGAUCACUUGCAAGAAAAGUCCCCAUUUUAGCCUCGCUUCUAAGAGUGUGGAGACCACGCUGUGUAGUUCACCCGACUCUCCCACCAUUCUCGAGGAGCCUGAGAGCCCGUUAGGCUUUUCCAGCUCGGAAAAGGGCAGUCCAAGCAGUAAGCCGGAGACACCCAAGUCAGAGCCAAUUCCAAUUACCAUCUCCACUUGCAAAGAUCGCAAAAUUUCGAGUAAUACCAAGGAGACUCUCAUCUCUCCCACAACAUCUAUAGUUCGCAGUAACUCAAUCGCCACCGAACGUGCCCACAGUCUGGAAAGCGACAAGCUGGAGAAGUUGGAGCACCUGAAGAGUCCCGACAACACCAUCACCCUCAGCUGGAACGACGUUUCAGGCUGCUGUAAUAAGCCAGGCUGCCAAGUGCGGCAAAAGAACCACCGACAUUCAGUUCCCGGCCAACUACUGCGUCUAUUCAACUUUGCCGAGUUUCGCCAAUUCGGCUCUAGUAACAGUCUCUUUAGCACAGCCGUUAUCAGCGGCUCCAGUAGUGCACCUAACCUGCAAGACAAUCUGGUAGUGGAUAUUCCAGGAGCAGAAGAUGGACACUGCCCCAGCGGCGGCAGCACCGGCGGCAGCAUCUGCCAACAGUGA